AUGUGGCGCCUGCUUGUCUUGAGCACUCUGGCAGUGCUGGAAGCAGCUCCUCCAGCAGAGUGCGGCAACUGUGUCACCGAAGAUGAGGACAGCAUCAUGACGCAGAUUCGCCAGCACUUUCGGGAGAAUCGGGAGACGGCCGCUGGGGUGUACCCUCCAAAAGCCUGGGGGAAAUACCUCAAGAAUCUUGUUGAUCUCUUCCACACACGUUGCCCUCCAUGCUCAGUUCUGCGCGAGAAAAACCCCAAGCUCUACAACAUGCACUGCGUGAACACAGACCCAGUGGACUGCGGUGGCACAUCUGCCACAGAGAGGUCAGUUCUGUGCAAAGGCCAAUCCAAGACUUUGCGGCCUUUGGAGCGUGUGUAUUCGGACAAUGGCGUGCUAGCGACCUCGCUCAUCGUGGAUGUGGCAGAUUUCACGUUCCCAGAAGCUGGAAUCAAGCUGACGACUCGGGCUUACAACUACAGCUUCCCAGGUCCAGCCAUGUUCGUGAAGCGCGGCGACCGGCUCAAGAUUAACGUCAUCAACAGGCUUCAAGCAACCCCGCAGUCCGUGCAGCAGCGGCGUGAGGGCCAGGACGAGCUCAACGAGAGCAAUCCUUUCUUUCAAGACGUGGGUCAGAACCUGACUUCGCCGUACCAGAGCCAGAUGAGUCCUAGCAUGAACAACUUCCACAACGCCAAUUUUACUCGCCUCCACACCCAUGGCUUCCACAUCUCGCCAGAGGGCGCCGCAGACAACACUCUGGACGCCGAGGUACCUCCUGGGGGAUCUUUCGAGCACAUUUACGAUAUUUCGCCCUACCAAAAUGCCGGGCAGACUUGGUAUCACCCCCAUGAGCACGGGUCCACUACGUUGCAGAUUGCGGGUGGCAUGGCUGGGGUGAUCAUCAUCCAAGACUCCGAAGGAGAAGUACCGGACUACAUCAGUCGCAUGAGGGAUGAGGUCAUGAUCAUCCAGGAGCAUAAGUGGCAAUACUUUGGGCCUGACUACUUGAACGAAGCGCCCAAUGAUUUCCUUCAAGGUUGCCACCCCUUCGGGUCCACAUUCACUCUCAAUUGCGCCAUUUUAGGUGCACGCACCUUGAUGAUCAAGAACUUGACAGAAGAUGAUGUGACCAAUGUGGAGAUCCUGCCGGGCUUUGGGUUCGAUGAAGGUCAGACCAUUCCAUUGCGAACGUUUUUCACGGUCAAUGGUCAGUUUUCGCCAACCAUGCCGCGGAUUAAGACCGGGCAGUGGAUCCGAAUGCGCUUUGUUUACGCAGGGCACCAUGAUGCAGUCAAUCUCGUCUUGGAGGAUGACGAUUGUGAGAUGCAUUUGAUUGCCAAGGACAACGUGUUUUUGCCAGUCUACCCACGCAAGCUCAACAAAGGCAUUUGGAUGGGCCCUGGCAACCGAUGCCAGGUCAUCGUGCGCUGCAAGACCCCAGGACGCAAGGCUCUGAAGCAACAGCUCACGGACUCCAUCAUUGCCCCAUUGGAUGAAGAGCUGCAGCCCUUGCUUCAGACCGUGAUGUGGCUGGACGUGAAGGGCCCGCGCGUAUGGUGGCCUCUGAAGCCGCCUCGACAGGUGCAAGCUCAAAGGCCACGCUACUUGAAUGACUUGCGCGAUGUGGAUGAUGUGGAUAUUGCCACUCCAAAUGUAUCCAAUCCAACUCGACCUGCAGAACCUAUCGUAAUCGUCCUGGACGACGAUGGCAAGACGAUCCUUGUGGACCAGGCCAUUGCGCCAGCCACGGGGCCCUCAGCAGAGCCAUUCGAUGCCCUGGCUUACCUCAACUAUCCCGUUCGUUUCGCCUUGAACAAUGAGACCUACAAAGAGGGCAUGAGUGACCAGUACCAGGCCGUGUUGCAGGUUGGAGAAGUGUAUCAGAUGAGGGCAAAAGGCCUUCAGUUCCACUCCUGGCACAUGCACGGCAACCCGGUUCAAAUCCAGUCCUUUGCCUUCGCCGGCUACAAGGAACUGUAUGGUGGGUACAUGGAAGUCGGGGACUGGGCAGACCAGAUUGUCCUUCCCAAGACGUGUGACCUGUCCUUUGGCCCCUUCAAUUGUCCCGACAGCGACGCCGUAGUCCGCUUCCAAACGGACUGCUACACUGGUAGGUUCCUUCUGCACUGCCAUCUGCUGUACCACAACGACCUGGGAAUGAUGACACUCUUGCGAGUCGAUGGCCCGGAGCACACGACAAACCCCAACUUCGCCGACCAGGGCAUCUAUCAAUAUCCGCCAAGUCACUGUCUGAGCCCGGGCGCCAACUGUCCAGACCCCGUCUGUGUGGACUACGACUACAGCGGCGGUGGUUCCACUCCAGCGCCCAGCUAUAGCUACAGCAGCUACGGCUACAACACUCGCUGGAAGCGUUGGCUUCGCCGCUUUCGCUAA